AUGGACGUUGACACCACACCUGCCGGCGCGCCCAUUGUCGACCGCGAAAAGACAGUGCCGUUUCUCGUACGGACAUUCGUGAAGAUCGGCGGCUUCCACCGCAUCGCCCUUUUCGAGGAUGGAACGCUCCCUACAACUGAUGAGCAGCAGCUCUUUACCUGGAAAGACGCGACCCUCCGUGAAGUAGUCUCCACAUUGCGCAACACCGCACCCCAUGUCCCCGAAUACCGCCAUCCUCUCGCGCGCUUCAGCUUCCGUACAGUCUACGCCGACUCGAGCACGAAGGGCCGCUUCUCCCAGAAGGACCUCGGCAUGGUCUACUCGCGCGACAUCCUCGGCGAGCCCGGCACCCUCGGCACCACCGCCCCGCGCCUGCUCGAGGACGACGACACGCCGCGCGUACCUGCAGAGAACCCAGAGAAAGCGGAGCGCACCCUCGACGAGCUGCGCUUCGUGCCCGGGGACUACCUUCUCGUCGCC